AUGUUGAUAGACGCAGACACACAAACAGAAAACAAGGUCGAACCAGAAAAUGGGAAGAUCAGGAUAGAAAAAAUAGACUCCUGGGAGGCAUUCACAGAGGUGACAGAUCAGAUGUGGGAGGAAUAUCAAUACUCCAACACGGAAAUUAAAAUCGGAAACCCGCUAGAAACAGAAGACACAAUAACGAAGGUGGUAAUGAUAGAACCAACAGAUCCAAAACUGGAGAGGGGAAUCCAAAAAAUAUACGCGGAACGCUACCCCGAGCUGAUAAGCGACAGUAAGUCUGACAUUGUAGAACAACGAAUCUACACACGUACUGGAAACACCGAGAAAGAAACCAGGAAAAAAAUUAUCAAGGCUUCGAUUACUGGCACGGAAAAUGACCUUUGGGACAAUAUUCUUAAAAUUAAACAGGAAAUAACAAAUGAAAAAAGGGUGGCUAUGCACACGCUAAAAGGAAUAGAAACAGAGAGGCUAAGGAAAAUAGUCGAAUGCGUUUUCCAUGGCACAGAUACACAAGUGCAUAUCUUCAAACAAGGUGGGAAAUCGAAUAGUAGCGGGAAGCAAAGAACCACAUACGCCCUUGUUCUGGAAAACGCUGGAAAGUCCUAUGUGGCCAGGGAGACCAAAAAAAGGCCCCCAAGCUGCACAGGAACAGCGCGCUGGGAGGAGGCCUAG